AUGGGAGAGGAGAUGAUAGAUAAAAGGAUAGUGGAAAAGGUUCUUGUCAGCCUACCUGAAAGGUUUGAUUCUAAGAUAUCCUCACUUGAGGAUUCUAAGGAUUUGACACAAAUCACUCUCACUGAUUUAGUAAAUGCCUUGCAAGCGCAAGAACAAAGGAGAUUGUUGAGGCAAGAGGACUUUAGUGAGGGUGCAAUGGUGGCUGGAUUCAAAGGCAAACAAGGCCAAGGUGGAAGCAAAAGGCCUGCGAGAGAAAAGAAAGGAAAAGAGGGGAUGACAAACCAGUGGAACAAACCGACUGGAGUGAGAGAGUUUCCACCAUGUGCUCAUUGCCAGAAGAAGGGGCAUGGUGAAAAAAAGUGCUGGUUUAGGCCUAAUAUACAAUGUAGAGAAUGCAAACAAUAUGGACACAUUGAAAAGAUUGUGGAGGACCAGCAGCCAAACUUAGAUCCAGAGCAACUGUUCGUGGCUUCAUGCUUUGCAAUUCAAGCUCACAAUGAUGAUUGGCUGAUAGACAGUGGGUGCACCAAUCACAUGACAACAAACCUGGAGGACUUUGUGAAUUUGGACAAGUCUUACCAUUCCAAAGUCAAGGUUGGAAAUAUGGAAUUUGUGGUUGUGAAAAGGAGAGGAAAUAUUGUUGUGCAAUCAAAAACAAGUAUCAAACUCAUUCCCAAUGUCUUGUAUAUGCCUAAUAUAAGCCAUAAUCUAUUGAGUGUUGGACAAAUGAUUGAGAAGAAGUAUGCCCUACACUUCCAGGAUCAGUUUUGCACAAUCCUGGACAGUGAAGGCAAUGAGUUGAUGAGAGUUAAGAUGAUGGAAAAAGCUUCCCUAUUAGGCUGA